AUGGAGACUUACGAUGAUUCAUGUUUGCCGACGAAUCCCACUACAGAAAAUGACUAUCAUGGGAGCUUUCCGUAUUGUUCUGUACAUGCCCAAAUUUUUGGCAGUGUGUCAGACAGUAUGAUCAUGCGGAAAAAGGCACCUGCAAACGAACAAGAAGCUUUACGAGAUGUGGUUUGGGAGACUCGGACGAUUAACAAAAAACUUCAUGUUACGCCGAUUCAUCCAAACAUUACGUCCAUACUGAUCGUUUCCAAGCCUGGAGAUGAAGAAGUUGACGAGAAAGUACGAGAACUUAUAGACUGGCUACUGUCUUUGGAAAAUGUUGUUAUAUUUAUUCAAAAAAGCAUGGAAUCUUUGUUUCAAAAACACGAGAGAAUUCAAUACUGGACCACUUUAUUAUGUACCAAGCAUUCACAGUUGUUUGAUUUGGUUUUGGCAUUGGGAGGAGAUGGAACCGUUCUCUAUACAAGCCGAUUGUUUCAAAGGACAGUUCCUCCAAUCAUGCCUUUUGCCAUGGGUACUCUGGGAUUUUUAACACACUUUGAUAUCAAUAACUACAAAGACUCCAUUUCAGAAAUUUGCAAGGAAAUGUACAUUCAUCUGAGAACUCGCUUCGAAUGUCGUGUUAUGAAAAAACGAGACAGGAGCAAGCUUAUAAGUAUUGAUCGUCAUCUGUCACAGUCUUUGCGUGAAACAGACACUGAUACACACGACUUUACGAAUUCCUUGGUUGUUUUGAAUGAAGUCGUUAUUGACAGAGGCCCUAAUACUGCAAUGAGUGAUUUAAUGCUCUAUGUUGAUUCCAAGUAUCUGACGACUGUUAAAGCUGAUGGACUCUGUGUAUCAACACCAACAGGAUCGACUGCCUAUUCGCUGGCUGCUGGUGGUUCGCUUUGUCAUCCUGAUAUUUCUGUCAUGAUUGUCAGUCCAAUUUGUGCUCAUUCGCUGAGCUUGCGGCCUAUUCAUGUACCUGAUUCAAUGGCUCUUCAUGUUGUUGUUCCGCAAGAUGCUUCUCAAAGCAGCUGGAUUUCUUUCGACGGUAGAAAUCGAACUGAACUAUUACCAGGAGAUUAUUUGACCGUUCGUAUUUCACGAUAUCCUUUCCCAACCGUGCAUUCUUCAGAAGAUGAUGCCGAUUGGUUUGAAAGUAUUAAACGAACUCUAAUGUGGAAUCAGAAUUGA